UAAAACUUUGUUUUGUUUUUUUUGACAAUAGACAAACUUUUAACAAAAUGUGCCGUGAGCUCCCAGUCGGGACAGCAAGUCUUAUAAAGUUAAAUGAAAAUGUCAACAAAUAAAUGGCUCCCUGAAGUUGUAUACAGUAAAUACAAUUUUCCAAAAUUUCAAUGUAGGUGAAAUGUUAAUCUUUUAUUAUUAUUGAUUUAAGUUAUUAUUAUUAUUUUUUUAAAGUGCAAGGAGGUCCCAGGGUUCGCAGCAUCUCUUGGAAAGUUAACUACAAAUUUCAAUAACUAGAUACUUCUCUGAAGUUUACCCAGUUUUAAAUUGAUCUCUUAUUGGCGGCUGUUGUUUUUUGUUUUAAAAGCCUUAUACUGAUAUUGGUCAAAAUGCCGAAUAUCGGUACCACCCUUAAUUGUUAUAUCCCUACAAUGUAUGGCAGUCCUUUUGAUAAUUAUAUCAUACAUUCUUGGUAGCAUGGUUGAAUGAAUGGUAAGUCCAUUGAAGAAAUAUAAGAUUCUCUCCAAUGUGUUUGUCUUGCAGACGUAAACAAAGCAUCCCAGCGCCAAAAUGUCCUCCGCACAUCGGGCCAACCCGGCGUAACGAUUGAUUAAUCGACAACUGACCAAUUAUCAAAUGAACAACUAUUUUAUGUUGUUAAUGAUUUAAAGCACAUUGAGUUACCUGGUGUAGGAAAUGUGCUACAUAAAUAAAUCUGCUAUGCUUAGUUGUGUUCUGUCCUCCAGGUGAGCAUUUAAAGUUCAUUUAUGGAACAUAUUUAAGGUAAAUGACGUUGUGCUUAUGCGUUCCAUGAAGUCAAGCAUAUGGUGGCCACAAAUGGGCGUUAUUUUGAUGGUUUACACGCAUAUUACUUAAUUUUCGGUGUGCGCUCGACGCGAGUACCGUGAUGGUGUAGAUAAAACGUUAUAUAAACGCAUUCCAUUUAGUAACAUUUCGGUAUUCUGCUUAACAUGUUUUCGGCACGUCGAGUUGUCGUUUGUCCCCUGAUAUGAACGCGGCACGGGCUCGCGCAUACAAAAAACAAAAACAAAACAAAAACCAACGAACCGUCCCAGCGCCAAAAUGUCCUCCGAGCCAGUGAAAGAGGAGCCAACAUGGCCGCCGAUGCGCGCGGUUUCACAGGCGCCAUGUUGACUCCCUUAAGUUGCAUUAUGUGCCAGGAAUUUUCACGAUCUAGCCGUUUAGUCGUGUUUAUUCAUCGAUAAUUAUGAUCUGCCACCCGAGUGAGCAUUUACAGUGUAAUUAUCGAACCUGUAUAUCGACAAAGAUGACGUGGCGCUUCGUAUUACAGACGUUCCUUGAUGUGAAGCGUAUCACGGCCACAAAUGUGAAUUCGUUGAAUUCCAUCCAUAUUAUUCACUUCGAGCGUCUUCCAUUAUAUUUUAAGAUGAAUGUUCUGCGAACUUUGUCUCAAAUGUUCCGUGUCGGAGUUGAGCGUGGUCGUCGUGGACAUGUUUCCGACUCGUCCCGCGAUUUGAACGCGGCUCGGCCCCGAGCGGGCGGGGCCUGCCGCCGAGUACAGUCACAUGCCCCGCCCCGGAGCCAGGCCGAGCAAUUCCAAUAUGGUGGCCAGCUUGGCAGGUCUCCGCUUGCUGUUGAUGAUAUUGUUGUCGCGCGGGAUCCGGUUGGGCUUGAGCGGCCAGGCGGCGCCGCCCGUCGUGCGCCUGCGCCCGGAGGACCCCGCGGGCCGCGUGUGGAUGAAGGCGGGGAUCAUCUGGGCGCCGCGAGGAGCCUCGUUCAAGCUGCGGCUCUUCGGAACCGACCUGAGGAACCGGACCUGGCCGUGGCUGGCCUUCGCGGCGGAGGCUUCCGGAGCCGCGGCCGCCGGGGACCCGUGCGAGGACCGAGACGGACGGCAGCAGGCCGCCUUCCAGGCGAACGAGCCCUUCGCGGAGGAGCAGGAGGAGGAUUGCAGCGGGCUGCUGACGGUGGAGCUCCGGCCUGGCGGCCUCCGGCAGAACCCCCAUCGCGUGUGCGUGAAGAGCGGGGGCAAGUGGACCUCGGCGGGUGAGGACAGGCUGCGCGUUAGCGCGGACGAGCCUCUGCCCGCGGAGCACAUCCCGGCGUGGGGCUUGGCGGUGCUGGUGCCGCUGCUGGUGCUCGCCUGCGGGCUGCUGAGGACGGUCCACCUCAGCCUGCUGUGGCUCGACCCGGUGGAGCUGUACGUGCUGCACAGCUGCGGUUCCGAGGAGGAGAAGCGCGCCGCCAAGCGCCUGGAGCCCGUCAGGAGGAGAGGGAACUUUCUGGCGUGCUCGCUGCUCUUCCUGUGCGUCCUGGGCCACUCCGCCUUGGGCGUCCUUCUCUUCCGGGUUUUGGGCUCGGUGGCGUCGGCCGCCUUCGCCGCCGCCUUCGCGCUCUUCUUCCUGGCCGAGCUGCUGCCUCACGCCGUGUGCUCCGUGCACGGCUUCCGGCUGGCCCCGGGCCUCGCUUGGCUGGCCCGGCUGAGCAUGGUGCUCACCUGCCCGCUGUCCUGCCCCCUGGGGCUGGUCCUGGACCUGGCGCUGAGGCGGGACAUCAGCACCUGCUGCAUCAGGGAGCGGGCCAUGGAGAUGAUCCGCACCAGCGUCAACGACCCCUACAGUGAGUUCGUGAAGGAGGAGUUCAGUCGCGGGACGCUGCGCAGUAAGACGGUGGAGGACAUCUUGACGCCCCUCAAGGACUGCUUCAUGCUGCCCAGCUCCACCGUGCUGGACUUCUCCACCAUGUCGGACAUCAUGCAGAGCGGGUACACGCGCGUGCCCAUCUACGAGGAGGAGAGGUCCAACAUCGUGGAGAUCUUGUACGUGAAGGACUUGGCGCUGGUGGACCCCGACGACCGCACGCCCAUGACCACCAUCACCAAGUUCUACAACCACCCGCUGCACUUCGUCUUCAACGACACCAAGCUGGACGCCAUGCUGGAGGAGUUCAAGAAAGGCAACUCUCACAUGGCCAUCGUGCAGAAGGUCAAUAACGAGGGCGAGGGCGACCCCUUCUACGAGGUGCUGGGAUUGGUCACGCUGGAGGACGUCAUCGAGGAGAUCAUCAAGUCGGAGAUCCUGGACGAGUCGGACGGCUACCUGGACAGGAAGGUGAAGCGUCCCCUGCCCCCCCCGGAGAUCCCGCCGGAGCCUCGAGGGACCCCCGACGAGUUCUCGCUCUUCAAGACGCCCGAAGGAGAGCCCAAGAUCAGGACGUCGCCGCAGCUGCUGCUCGCCACGCACCGCUUCCUCUCCAGAGAGGUGGAGCAUUUCAGUCCGGCACGCGUGUCCGAGAAGAUCCUUUUCCACCUUCUGCGUCACCCCAGCGUCAACCAGGAGGUGCACUUCGACCCCGGCAACCGCCUCAGCCCCGCGCACUACCUGUACACGCGCAACCACCCGGUGGACUACUUCAUACUGCUGCUGCAGGGUCGAGUGGAGGUGGAGAUCGGCAAGGAAGGCCUCAAGUUCGACAACGGCGCUUUCACGUAUUACGGCGUGUCGGCGCUAACGCUGCCGUCCUCAGCGCACCAGUCUCCAGCGUCGAGUCAGCGUCAGUCUCCCAGAGAUCCGUUUGACGCGUCGGAGGCGGCCAGCCCGUCCAGUUACUGUCCGGACUACACAGUCAGAGCGCUCACCGACCUGCAGCUCAUCCGGGUACGUGCGUGUGCGCGCGCACAUGUGACCUUGCGUGUGCGCGGGACCACGCGUGUAUGUCGAGAGGCCAUCUUUGUGUGUGAGGCUCCGACUGUUUGCGUGAGCGCGCGCGUGGCUCCCUUCCCGUUCACGCAGCGCACGCGUGUCCGUGUGUGCGUGCAGGUGACCCGCCUCCAGUACCUGAACGCUCUAACGGCGUCGCGGGGCGGCGGCGGCGGCGGCGGCCCGAGCCCCGAGCCGCCCGAGAUCAAGAUCCUCCCCAACAGUCACACCAAACUGCUCAACGACAGGAACGUGGCCUCGGCCGCGCAAGACUUGAGCUUCUCUUUCUUUGACACCAUUGACAACUACUGCUAGUGCGGCAGGUGGAAUAGAAGAAGGCGAAGAUGAUGAAGAUGAAGAAGAGGCACGUGCAUAGCGAUGUCCACUUCAAACGUUCGUCUGAUUGGACAACACUGCUCUCUGUUCCUUUUAUGUCAUUGUAAUUAUCAUUAUUAAUAUUAUUAUUGUGUAGAUUUGUAUUAUAUUUACGUUGAUUUGGUUGAUUAGGGCGGUGCCUUUCUUACAAAACCGUGUCAAAGUGUGUGCGUGUGAGCAUCCGUCCGUUCGGUCACAAAUUCAUCAAACGAGCGACGCACGCGCGCCGUAGGCCAGAUGGUCACGUGACCCGUCGGGCUGGUUUCCGUGGUUACGCUGAGUGGGCGUUUGGGCUUUGUCGAUGCUGACCGCCGAAAGAUUUGCUCAUCAAAAAGUUUCUUUGCCAAACAUGUCACAGAAAAGCUCAUUCAAACUUAAGCGACACUUUAAACAUUUUUCCAUUCGAUGUUUUGUUUGUUCGUUCUCAAGGUAGCCGCGUAGCUAGCUAGCGUCUCUUUGGUUCUUUUCGUUGAUUGAUCAUUUGUCUUUUGUUUUACAACAACAGCAACAAUUUGUGUGUGUGUGAAACGUUGACUCAUCCUUUACUGGAACCCCAAACUAGCACAUUGGCCCUCGUCCUUUUGUCUCUCCGUGUGUGAGCGUCAUGAUUAGCAUGCUAACAUGCGAACACGUCCCUGAACGAAGAAGUCCUGCACACAUUGCGAAGUAGUUAUUCUUUUGUUUGUUGUUUUUUGUUGUUGUUGUUUUUUUAAACUUGGACCAGCUGACACGGUUCAUUAUCAUAAGUGCAUGCCAAAGUUAACGUGGCUAAUUUAGCUAAUCUUCCCUCCUGGAAGCUAACUUGUCACUUUGUUGAUGAUAUUUGUAUUUACGUUACCAUUGCUUUUAAACGUAAGCCUACAUGUUAACUUUAGCUCCCUUGCCUUUGGAAGUCAAUACCAAGGUACUAAUGCUAAGUUAGCUUGUGGCUAUGUUAUUGAGCAUGCUGACAAUUCUUUUCUGUUGACUUUGUGUUUUCGCUAAAGCAAACGCUCAAAUGUGUGUUUUUAUUUAGUGAGCAUUUGACAGGCUAAGUGCUAAACUAAGCUUGGGUUAGACAAUCGUCGUUUGAGAAGGCGGAUUAGCCGAUUUAGCAAGGCUACCCUUUGAGCUCUUUUGGUUUGGUAGUUUUAUGAAGAAGAGAAACUAAAACCAAUAAGCUUAGCGUUAGACCCUCAUUAGCGUGGUGUGUGUGAUUAGCAUCGGGCUCGUUAGCCAAAUAUACAUUUCUUUUUUUUCUUCUGACAACCUCUUGAUAUUAAUCAAGUGCAUGCCAAAGUUUUAGCCAAUGCUAAUGAGGCUAAUUUUCCUAAUGUACCAUCCUGGAAGCUAACAUGUCACUGAUCAUUCAUUUGAAUGAAUGAACUAUUGGCUUGACACGUAAGCUUACAUGCUAACUUAAGCUUCCUUGCCUUUGGAGGUCAAUGCUAUGGUACGAAGGCUCAGCUGCUUAGUGGCUAUGCUAACGUUUGUCAUGCUGACGAUUCCUUUCAGUUGACUUUUUAUGUUUCUGGUUCAGAAAACCUCAAAACAUGUUUUUAUUUAGUGAGCAUUUGACAGGCUAAGCGCUAAGAUGAGUUAUGGUUGGACUAUUGUCAUUUGAGAAGGUUGAUUAGUAACUUUUGAGGACUUGUUUUCGACGUUUUUUUGAAGAAGCGAUAUUGGCGCCAACAACAAGCUCAGUGUUAGACCCUCGUGAGCGUGAUGAGCAUCACGCUACUUAAUGAGCUAUCACGUGUGUUCUCUCAUUCCAUAUCCGUUUCAUCAACGGCUGUUAGCACUUGAUAUGAAAAUCUUGUUUGAUUCCAAGAUUUGUUCAAAUAGUUUUAUUGAAAUAACUUUUUUUUGUAUAAAACGUGAAUGUAAAAAAAGAAAAAUGAAGAGUGCAAGUAUUCAUGUCAAAGUGCAGGAUGUAGUUAGCAAGUAGUUUUUAGAUGAGUUUGAAGUUAUUCAAUCACUUCUUCUUUGUGCAUUUUUUUUAAAUCGUUUUUUUCCGCAGCAACGACAUUGGAUUUAAUACUUUCAAUGAUUACAUUUUACUAGGAAAUAAAGUCACCCUUGUUCUAAA